AUGGACUCUUUCAUGAAAGAGUUUGAACAUCUUAAAAUCCCACUGGAAGAGAUAAAAGAAGUUACCAAUAAUUUUAGUAACAAACCUAUCGGGUCUGGUGGGUUUGGGAAGGUUUACCAAGGAGAACUUUCUCACUUUAAGGGGAAAAGCCUUGUUGCUAUUAAGCGUCUGGAUCGUAAAUUUGGACAAGGAGAUCCUGAGUUUUGGAGGGAGAUAAUGAUGCUCUCCCGUUACUCACAUGAAAAUCUCAUCUCUCUUCUGGGAUUUUGUGACGAGGCCGGUGAAAAGGUAAUCGUGUAUGAGCUUGCAUCUAAUGGAAGUCUCGACUGCUAUUUAAGUUCCCCUGAUAUAAUGUGGGAACAACGUAUCAAGAUAUGCCUUGGCGCUGCACAGGGGCUUAGCUACCUCCAUGAUGACAAGGGCACACAACAACGAGUUAUUCAUCGAGAUGUAAAGAGUUCCAACAUCCUAAUGGAAGGCCAAAGUUUCUGA